AUGGCUUAUAUAGAAUGUAAAGUUUGGCAUUUUCAGGGAGAUGAUGAUAUAGAUCUAAAAAGUCGCCACGAAGCAAUAAAAGCAGGAUGUAGAUUCUAUACAGUCAAGGCAUUGAUAGACACAUCAUCUAAAGAAAAUUUUAUUAGAAGAAGCUUGGUCGAUAAGCUUGAGAUGGAGUAUACUGAAUAUAAAGAAAAAAACAGGUUGGAAUGUCUGGAUUUAUCUUUCCGAUACAAGGGAAAAGAUAGACUAGUAUCUACUAAUGGUGACGAUAUUUUUAAUAAUUUCGUGGUUAUUGAAAAGCCGAAAGCGGAUCUUGUAUUAGGAUUACCAUGGUUAUGGCUUCGCGAAGCAAAAAUAGAUAUGGAAAAACAAGGAUUAACAAUAUAUGGUGAUUUUAUGCCAUUCUGCGAGGAAACAGAUUCAUCUGAGUCCAAAGAAACCAAUGAUUCCAAUCAUGCGGGUCUGAAGCAGUGA